AUGUCGUCCAAACUCAUUCCCUCAAAACCCGAUGAUGUGAUGGUGAUUCGCGACAUCACCCCAAAUGUCGUGACUUUCUCCGUCCCCUUCCUCCGCCAUGGACAGUUCCCCAUCGGCGGUCGUGGCACGGCUGUCCGUCUCACCUCAGGCGGUCUCGCCAUCUUCUCCCCCGUAGCCCUCACUCCCUCCGCCCAAGCCAAAAUCACCUCCCUAGGCGGCGACGUGCGCUACCUCAUCGCAACCGACUUCGAGCACCACAUCUUCCUCUCUGAAUGGGCCGCCGCCUACCCCAACGCCAAACUCGUCGGACCCGAGGGGCUCCCCGAAAAACGCGCCAAGGUGCACAACGACCCCAAGAUCGGCCACGAGCCGUUUGCGGUCGUCAUCACAAGGGACCAGAGCAGCAGCGCCCCCGAGGCUACGCGCAAACCUAUCCACAUCGGCGAGGAUUUUGACGCUGAUUUUGAGGUGGAGUACCUCCCCACGCACCCGAACAAGGAACUAGUCUUCUUCUACCGCCCGGACCGCGUACUGGUGCAGGCGGAUCUAAUGUUCAACCUGCCGGCGGUGGAGCAGUACUCGCGGGUUCCGGAGGCGGAGAAGCCGCGGAUGGGGGUGCUGCAGCGGUUUUUCAACAGUUUCCAGAAUACGGAGGGGGAGGCGCUGGGGAUGAAGCGGUUUUUGUGGCAUGUGGUGAGUCGCGGGGAUAGGGAAGGGUUUGAGAAGAGUGUGAAGAGGAUUGCGGGGUGGGAUUUUGAGACGGUGGUGCCGUGUCAUGGGGAGACGAUUGUGGGGGGUGGGAAGGGGGUGUUUGAGAAGGUGUUUUCGUGGCAUUUGGUGGGGAAGGGGGCGAGUAAGUGA